AUGGGAAACCAUACAAAAGUGACAGUCUUCAUUCUUGCAGGUUUGACGGAAGAUCCACAAAUACAAGUUAUAUUAUUUAUCUUCCUCUUUUUCACCUAUUUGCUAAGCAUUUCUGGUAAUCUGAUCAUUAUCACACUUACUCUAGUAGACACUCAACUCAAGACCCCCAUGUACUUUUUCCUCCGGAAUUUUUCCUUUUUAGAAAUUUCCUAUACUACUACAUGCAUCCCUAAAUUGCUGGCUACGAUGGCCACUGGGGACAAAACCAUUUCCUAUGACUGUUGUGUUACUCAAUGUUUUUUUGCCUUUCUGUUUGGAGCCUCCGAAUUUUACUUGCUAGCAGCCAUGUCUUAUGACCGUUAUGUGGCCAUCUGUAAGCCCCUGCACUACACAACCAUCAUGAAUGGUAAAGUGUGCCUAACGCUUCUUCUCUGCUGUUGGGUGGCUGGCUUUUUUACCAUCUUUGUGCCUCUCCUUUUAGGCAUAAACCUUGAUUUCUGUGACUCCAAUAUUAUUGAUCACUUCUAUUGUGACACAACUCCUCUUAUGCAGAUCUCCUGCUCAGACACCCACGUCCUAGAGACACUGGGCUUCAUUUCUGCUUUAGUGACACUCUUGGUCACAUUGAUAAUGGUGAUAAUAUCUUAUGCCUAUAUUGCAGUAACAAUUCUAAAGUUCCCUUCAGCUAGUCAGAAGAAAAAAGCUUUUUCAACAUGUUCGUCUCACAUGAUUGUGAUAUCCCUUUCUUACGGCAGUUGCAUUUUCAUGUACGCUAAACCAUCAGUUGAACAAAGAGUAUCAUUUUCGAAGGGAAUUGCCGUGCUCAAUACUUCCGUGGCUCCACUUUUAAAUCCUUUUAUCUACACCUUAAGGAACAAACAAGUGAAAACAGCCUUCAUGAAUACAUUGCAAAGAGUUGUUUCCUCCUUAAAGAAGUGA